AUGAAACAUUUGAAUAUAUUCGCAUUAAGUUUAAUAUUAAUGGUCAAAGCUGAUCCAACAUUCCUUAGAAAAUGUUAUUUCAACCAAGGUGAUGCCACGUAUUUAGUAAACCAUUGCAAAUUUGAUCGAUUAUAUCCACAAAGAGAAAAUUGUUUAAAAUCACAUGAUGUGGAAAAUUCAAAUGUGAAGUUUAUCAAAUAUGAGUGUCAAACUGCAAUAUUAUCUCUCAUACUUUAUCCAGUUGAAUUGAGCACUUUUCCAAAUUUGAAUGUGAUUGAUAUACAAUCGCUUGGAAUCGAAGCUUUGUCAUUUGGAUCGGGUACAACUAAUUUUGGAAAUUCAAACUUGGAAAUAAAUGUGACCACCUUGGAUGCUUCGAACAAUCAUUUUAAGGAAGUUCCAAAUGGGAUCUUAGACUACAUGCCGAAAAUAAGCCACAUUGAUUUUUCGUACAAUGGCAUCACUCGCUUGAAAUCAGAUGAUUUCAAACGAUAUAAUGGAAUUUCAAAUCUAAAAUUCGGGCAUAAUAACAUUCGUAUAAUUGAAGAUGGAGCCUUUCGGAUGCUGCAGCUCCUGGAAGAUUUGGAUCUCAGUGAUAAUCCGAUCAGCGAGAUUGGUGAUCGUCUCUUCGCAAACAAUCCAAAAAUGCGAUGGUUGAACUUGAGAAACUCACUGAUCAAACGAUUCAAUUUCAAUACAUUUUCACCCGGUGCCAAGUCAGUGACGGUGCAGUUUCCAUCGGAAAAUAUUCAACAGUUGGACAUAAGUUGUGAGCGGUCGAUUUGCCAUUUUGAAGACUUUGACAAAAAUGAGUUCUUUGGGGAUAUUCGUGUUUUGAAUGCAUCGGGGAAUCGAAAUGCAUUGAAAGCUUUGGUAAAAUUAAGUUCGAAACUGGAUACGUUGGAUUUAUCCAUGACUUCUAUUGGGACAAUCGAUGUUAAGAUGUUGCAACGCUUUCCGUAUUUACAAAACCUUAAACUGAACGACGCGAACAUCUCUACUAUUCAAAAUAAUGCAUUUGCCAAACAAAGAUAUUUGAAAUUUCUCGAUCUUUCGUUCAACAAUUUGACAAACAUUGAUUCUUCGAUCUAUUUUUUUCAAUACUUGGAAGAGCUUAAUUUAGAAGGCAAUCGAUUAACUAACAUCGAUACGAUUACGUCAACUUAUUUUCCGAAACUGAAAUCGUUUACGUUUGGCAAGAAUAAAUUUACGUGUGAGUACGUGGCGGGAUUUUUGAAAAAGUGGGAAAAGAUAACUGGAAAGGCUCCGGGACCGGAUGGAAUUGUAUUUAAAGGAAUUGACUGCAUUUCAGAACCCAACAAAAUUGCUAUUGCAGAAGUAAUAACAAUGCAAGUACCGACUCAAGCACCGACAUCAACCUCAACUCAAACCACAGUUUUUCUACAAACAACGAAAAAUAUUAGAAACGAAAUUUUGAGCACUGCAAGUGCAACUAAAGCAACAAUUCCAACUUCGCGUCCUACAACUAUUAGUCCUAGAAAUAAUAAUGACCCAACAAAAUCCUUAACAAAACCCACUAAAAAGUCAACAGUGGCAACCACGUCCAUUCCAGUUACGAAGACCUCUUUAAAACCAUAUUCGAAUUUACAUUCUCCGACCACACCAAUCUCAAAAGGGUUACAGCAAAAUGAAGAAUAUUCAAAGUUUCCGUUUACAUUGAUCCUUGUUAGCUUUGUAGUUGUUGUCGGUAUGAUAUCGAUUAUAUUUUCAAUUUCAUUUUAUAUUUGUAUUCGAAAGCAAAAUAGUAAAACGGCCACAAGUUCGGUGGAAGCCAGUGAAAUGACCUAUUUCGAACCAGUCUACGAAGAAAUUAACGAUAAAGAUAUCGAUUUGCAGAGCCCGUAUGCGGUUGGUGCAAUCACUGAAUGUCCACCCUAUGAAAACUUCCCAAAAUCAUUUACAGUCAAUCGCUAUCAGUAUAGCAACAAUUGGAAGUCACCGACUUAUCAUCAUUAUGCCACCGUUCACAAACCGAAACUUUUAUUCUCCAGUGAAAUUCAUAGUUUGGCAUGGUUUAGUGACUGUUUUUCCGCUCACAACGAUCACAAUUCAAUCGAAUUGAAUUGUGUAACAAAUGAGCAUAGCACUUGUUCAUACGGAACGAAUGGACAUAUCAAAAAUGGAACGUUAUCUACCGUGACAUUGGUCAAAUACAGAUGCGAUGAACAAAUGAAUACAACAGAGUUUGAUGCAAAUGUUCUGAAUCAGUUCAUAAAUUUGCAAGGCGUAGAUGUGUCGUCUCUUGGACUAAAAGAUGUGCUUUUUCGACCCAUCGAAAGCCACAAAUUAGGAAUAACCAUUUUUUACGCGUCCAACAAUCAGUUUGAUAAGGUUCCAACAUUGGUAUUUAAUUACAUGCCAAAUCUCACUGCGAUCGAUUUAUCGUUCAACCAGAUCAAAUCAUUGUACCCGGCACAUUUCAGCGGAGCGAGUAAACUAUCAACUUUAAACUGUUCACAUAAUCGCAUCUACGUUUAUGGACUCGAAGUCUUUUCAUCGCUUCCCGAUCUAGAAAUUUUAGAUUUGAGCCAUAAUCAAAUCAAUGCAAUUAAACCAGGCUUGUUUUCGAAAAACGAAAAAUUGACAAUUUUGAACCUGAAAUAUAAUCCCUUCAAAAGUUUUGAUUUCAAUAUAUUUUCAUCGGCUGUGAAGUUCGUUGAGGUGUACCUUCACGAUUCCGACAUUGAUACACUAGAUAUCAGUUGCAAAAAUGCAAUUUGUCACUUCGAAGACUUUGAAACAGGUGUGGUUUUCAAAAAUGUUCAAUUUUUCAAUGCAUCAGGAAAUCAUUUUAAUGACCUCCACGCCAUUCUCCUGGCAUUGAGCGACCGGGUCAAAGUAAUGGAUUUAUCGUGGAAUUUCGUCGGAGAACUUACCAUUGAACUUUUGGCAGAUUUCGCUGACCUUGAACACUUGAAUUUAACCCAUACCAAUAUUCACCACAUUGAAGACGCCGCCUUUUUUCACCAAAAGAACCUUUAUUCGCUUGAACUUUCUUACAAUGAUUUGACAGAAGUGAAUUUCAUAUUGCCAAAGGUAUUGGAAACACUGAAUUUGGAAGGCAAUAAAUUGAGUACAAUCAAUAAGGUUACUCCGAAACAUCUUCCAAAUCUUGCGACGUUGGCGAUUUCCAAAAAUCAAAUUGAAUGCACCGAACUUCAGCGGUUUUUGAAUCAAUGGAAAAAUUCGAGUUCAAUGAAGUUCAAGAUUGGAUUUUUUUUACUUUACUUAAUAAAUCAAGUCACCGUUGGUGACGCACGAUCAAUGAAAUUGAAUUACAAUGAUUGUCACUUUAUCAAUGGUUCGACCAUAUCGGUUGUAUUAGUUUGUGAAAAUGUGAUAGUGAAUCAUUCAUCAACCUCUUGUUAUUCGAUGUUUAUGAAUUCGUCUGUGGUCGGUAUAAAUCGUCCCAACGUGGAUAUCUUAAAAUUCAAUGGCUGUGACGAUAGCUCAAAAAUCGUUAAUAUCGGAUCAAGUUUUAUACAUCGAUUUCCAAAGCUUCGUAUCAUCAAUUUGUCAAACGACAUGAUAAACACUCUUCAAUUUCAAUAUGUGAAAAAUACUGAAAGCAUGACCGUUCAAACAUUCAAUGCAUCGAAAAAUAGUUUGAGUACAAUGCCGGAUUCGAUGUUUAGGUGCAUGCCAAAGUUAACAAAAAUCGACUUUUCACGCAAUAAAAUCAAGAACAUUGGUUCAACAGUAUUCGAUGGCGGUGCGGAAUUAACGGAAUUAAAUUUGUCCAAUAACAUUCUGACGAAUUUGAAACGCGACACAUUUUCGGCACUCAUCAAUUUGGAAAAGUUGGACCUUAGCACAAAUCGAAUUCAACGCAUUGACAACGGAUUUUUUGUGAACAAUCCGAAGUUGAAGCACUUGAUUUUGAAAGAAAACCCAGUGAAACGAUUUGAUUUUAAUGCAUUUACCGCUGCAGUGAAAUCGGUCAUCGAAUUGAAAGUUGAAUGGAAUGAAGUUGAAUUGAUUGAUAUCAGUUGUCCACAGUCUGAAUAUCACAUGGUCAACUUUGAUGAAGGCGCAACAUUUGAAAAUCUUCGAUUUUUCAACGCAUCCGGUUAUCCAUAUACUUCUGGACUUCUGAACAAAGUCGGUUUGAACUUGGAAACAUUGGAUUUAUCAUGGAAUCUCCUUCGACAAUUAAAUGUACUUGAACGUUUUACGAAUUUACAAAAUCUCUACUUGAGCCAUAUGAAAAUGACCAAGCUUGGAUCCGUCGCAUUUACAACGCAAUUAAAAUCACUGGAUUUGUCAUACAACAACUUGACGGAUGUUGAUUUGGCGAUAUUUUCACGGAAGUUUUAUCACUUGAAAACAUUGAGCUUAGAAGGCAAUCGAUUGCAUGAACUCAACAAUGUAUCUCCGUUUGAUUUCCCAAAUCUUGAAACACUCGCAAUUUCAAAGAAUCAAUUUUCGUGUAAAUUUUUGAACAAUUAUUUAAAUCAAUGGAAGAAUAAACGGGAAAUAGCAUUGAUUGGCAAUCCAUCGUCGUAUCAAUUUAAUAUUGAAGGAAUUGACUGCUAUUUGCAGGCGGAAGACGAUAACAAAUUGCAAAAGGCUGAAUGCACCAUGAUCGACACGAUGCCAAUGUGGGUGUACUUUGUUGUAGCGAUUUUAUUCGUCAUGAUUUUAUUGGAAUUUAUGGCCAUCACAAUUAUGUGCUGCAAAUCGCAUCGAAAAAUUGUCCGCAUUUCCGAAGAAAUUCCCGAAUUCAAGCCAGAAGCAAAGAAUUUCGAAAAUAUAUCCUUCAAAGGUGAAACGGCACAUGAGAAUUUGUACGAAGAAAUACCAUUGCAAUGCGUUCAUCAAUUGACCUAUGACAUUCCGCAGUGUUUGACACUUAAGAAAUCUUUUAUGUAGAAAGGAAAAGAAAAAGAAUAAAGAGACAGAUAAAACGAGGGGGAAGAAGGGAGGAAGAGAGGUAGAUAGAGGGCGGUAGAAAGAUGGUGUAGAGAGAAAAGAGAUGUUUAAACGUUCAAUCUAUUUAAUAAAAUAAUUCAAACAUUAUUCAUGUAUCCGAAUCAAAUUACAUUGAUAAUAAAUCAGACAUUGGCUAAAACUCACUAAA